AUUUAGCUGACCCGGAUGCAGAAGCGGUUUCUCCACCGGAUAUUACAUUGAAUCUGAGGUCAGGCGUUCUCUCUCACAGCCAUCUUGGAAAUAGCGUCCUGAGUCGCGACCAUGCCUGGCGAAGCAACAGAAACGGUCCCAGUCACCGAGCAGGAGAUGCAGCAGCCUCAAGCGGAGACUGCUCCGCCUCCUGCCCCAGCUUCCACCCAGCAACCUCAGGUAGCUUCUGGCCCCGCAAAGGCCAAAGGCAAAGAUGCCAAGAGUGGGCAGAGUUCUUCUGCCCCAAAGGCUGUACCUGGCAGAAGAAAACGUUCCUCUAUGUCUGCCUCUUCCCCAUCACCCACUUCACCUAAAUCUACUCCCUCCUCUACUCCUCGGUCACCUGUGGUGUCUCCUUUGGCAUCCCCUUUAGCAUCACCUUUGGCUUCCUCAGCCAGUAGCUCCCCUGCCAAUCGUUCUGCCCCAAAAGUGGUUAAGGCUGGCAAACAAGGAAAGGCUAAGAAAGGAGAGGCAUUUGAACCUGCUCCUGUCCAGGUAGACCACAAAGUCCCAGAGGUAAAGGAAAAGUCAGAGGAACCUAACUUGAAGAAAUCUAUGACUACUGAAGCUAAAGCUGUCCUCGUUGAGACGAAAUCUCAGCCACCCCCUGCAUUUAAAGUCACUCCAAAGCCUGCUGUUGCAGCACCAAUUUCAUUCUCGGAUACUAUUGCUUCAAGCCCUCCAAAAUCUGGUGAUAAGGUUGCUUCCGCAAAACCCAUAUUGUUUAUGGUUGAUGAUGAGCUUCCUCCACUUAUCCCACCUGAGAAGCUUGGUAAAAUGCAAGUGUCUGCACCUUCUGUUGCCAAAGAGAGCGCAAAGCCUGCUUUGUCUCCUUCUGAGCCUAGACCUAAAGGGGCUAUUUCUGCUCCUCCAGAGGAGAGUAAAGUCAAAAUGGGUACUGAACCCAAACCUUUGCCUGUCGAAGCUAGUAAGGCAGCUGUCCCAGUGAAAACUGUAACUCAGGAGGUCAUUAAGCCAUCUCCUACAGAUUCCAAGGCUAAAUCUGCUGCUGGCAAGACUGGCCAAGACAAACCUGCUGCUGCUGUGAAGCCAGCAGAUGAGACCAAAUUGAACUCAAACACAGGUCCUAAACAGGUUGAGGAUAUACGGGCCUCACCUCCUAAAGUUACCAAGCCAAAUGCUGGUGUAAAGUCAACCACUCCGGAGGUUACAAAACAAGCACCCGAAAAGGGUGCUGUGGUAGUUGAUAAGGCUCAGUCGGUUGACUCGAAAGCAACAGCAGCUGAGGCCCCCAAACAAGCCAAACCAAGAGCUGCUGAGGCACCUAAAGCAGAUUCUGAGACUCCUAAAUUGGCCAAACCAACCGAGGCACCCAAGAAGGCCAAAGCCACCUCCACCGAGGCACCUAGGCCAGCCCCGGAAGUGGCCAAGCAGGUUGCCACUGAGACACCCAAACAGGCUAAGCAGGCAGCCCCAGAGGCACUCAAGCAGGCGGCUGCUGAAGCCCCUAUGCAGGCGGCCCCCUGCCUAGGGACUUUGCCUGCGCCUAAGCAGGCAAAGCAGACGUCCCCCGAGGCGCCUAAGCAGGCAAAGCAGGCGGACUUCGAGGCGCCCAAGCAGGCAAAGCCCGAGGCACCCAAGCAGGCAAAGCAGGCGGACCUCGAGGCGCCCAAGCAGGCAAAGCCCGAGGCGCCCAAGCAGGCAAAGCAGACGUCCCCCGAGGUGCCUAAGCAGGCGGACCCCGAGGUGCCUAAGCAGGCAAAGCAGGCUCCCAAACAGGCAUCCCCCGAGGCACCCAAACAGGCUAAGCAGACGACCCCCGAGGCACCCAAACAGGCUAAGCAGACGACCCCCGAGGCACCCAAAGAGGCUAAGCAGACGUCCUCCGAGGCACCCAAACAGGCUAAGCAGGCGUCCCCCGAGGCACCCAAACAUGCUAAGCAGGCGUCCCCCGAGGCACCCAAACAGGCUAAGCAGGCGUCCCCCGAGGCACCCAAACAGGCUAAGCAGGCGUCCCCAGAGGCACCCAAACAGGCUCAGCAAGCGUCCCCCGAGGCAUCCAAACAGGCAAAGCAGGCGUCUGCAGACGCCCCUAAAACAGCUGAGGCUUGUCCAUUGGCCAAAGCAACAGCCCCUGACGGUGCAGGCCAAACCAAGCAGGCCAAACCAGUCGAGGUGCCGAAGCAAGCCAAACCAACUGAUGCUGAAGCACCUAAACCAGCUACUGAGAGUCCUAAACCAGCAAAACCGAAAGCUGAUGAGGCACCUAAACAAACCAAGCAAACUACUGAAGUCCCCUCACAACCUGCUCCAGUUGAGCCUAUUGUUUUGCCCCCUGCCCCACGUAAACUUACUUUUGCCGAAGCAGUUGCAAAACCUGCACCUGUCAAGCCUGAAGCUGAAAAAAUCAGCACUGCUCCCUCUAAUCAUGUCAUAUCAUCUAAACCUGCUGAAACCCCAGCCAAGAUGGAGUCUGUGAUCAAGGACGACAAUGGAUCUGGCACAGAGUCGGACAGUGAUGACUCAGUUCCUGAGCUGGAAGAACAGGACUCUGCACAGACACAGACGCAACAAGCUCAGCUUGCAGCAGCUGCUGAAAUAGACGAAGAGCCUGUAAGCAAAGCCAAACAGAGCCGCAGUGAAAAGAAGGCACGAAAGGCGAUGUCAAAGCUUGGACUCAGGCAGGUAACAGGGGUCACCAGGGUCACCAUUCGCAAAUCAAAGAACAUCUUGUUCGUCAUCACCAAACCAGACGUCUACAAGAGCCCUGCGUCAGAUACAUACAUCGUCUUCGGCGAAGCUAAGAUUGAAGAUCUUUCUCAGCAAGCCCAGCUGGCUGCAGCAGAAAAGUUCAAGGUACAGGGAGAAGCUACAGCAAAGAUCCAGGACAACACACAGACGCCCACAGUACAGGAGGAAAGCGAAGAGGAAGAGGUUGAUGAGACCGGAGUCGAGGUGAAGGACAUUGAACUCGUCAUGUCACAAGCCAACGUGUCGCGGGCAAAGGCUGUACGCGCCCUGAAAAACAACAACAACGACAUUGUCAACGCUAUUAUGGAGUUGACGAUGUAACGGGAUCCUGUCAACAAAGAGUUGAAGAAAGGUUGCUGAUUAAAUCUGAGCUCAUUUAUACAAUUUAUACCAAGAUGGAAAUAAAGUUGUGGCUUGAUGAAAUUAAAAUCUGGCAUUUAUUGAGACUCUUGGGGAAACGAGGGGAAUUUCAUCUGAUUGAAUGUUAAAAUAAAGACUUGAAGUACUUUUGUUUUUCCCACUGGUGAAGUAUUUGUCCUUGUACAAUGAUGAAAUCCAAAUUAGUCAUAAUAAAGGUUUUAAAAGUAAAUUUUUCAGAGUGAUGAGCAAGAAGAAUUGCAGCUGUAACAUUACACCAUCCUCCAGAUGAGGAGAAUAUCAUGUCCUUUGCUGUUUUAUUCACCUCUGUCUGUAUUUGGCUUAUUUAUUUACACCAUAAAGACUAAAUGAGUUUUUAAUGUCCUGAUAUGUAAAACAAUAGAAUUAAAACUUGGUGUACUCACAUUUUUACCUUGUAUUUGCGCUCAUGCAUAAUUUAAGAUUACAUAAUAAAGGCAGGAUUGUGUAGUUCCCAUCA